UUAGUAUGGUCUUCAAAGGGUCUGCGAAUUGGAGGCUGUUUCCCAAUCUGAAGCACAUCCACCUGCACGAGCUCCCCAAGCUGCAGGGCAUCUGCGAUGUUGGCUGCCAUACGGAUGCGGCCAAUCUCGCGACCAUCAAGAUCAGGGGCUGCUGGAACCUCAAGAGCUUGCCUAAUGUUGCAGGCAAGAAUGUGGUGGAGUGCGACUGCGAGAAGGAAUGGUGGGAUAGCCUGGAGUGGGACCCCUAUGUGGAGCCCAGCCUGCAGUACACGCCGACCCACCCGCGGCACUACAAGAAGACCAUGCGCAGGGGCUCCGUCCUCAGGUAGUAGUUCCUUGGUUUGAUCUGCUCUGCUUCCAUGUUUGGUCGUCCAUCCAUCCAAAGAUACAGGGCUAGCUAGUAUCACAUUUACUGCUGUGUGAACAAGUCCGAAAGCUAAAUAAUUGGAGAACAUAUCAGGUACAAACCAACCUCUCCGUGCAAACUAUGAAAACUCCAAUCUGAGCCAUCAAAUCAACAUCCAAGGGGAGGGACGCAAA